AUGUCGAUAGUCAUUCACAAUGGUACCCACACCACGAUUGCCGGGUUUUCGCAGGUGGAUAUGCCGCAAUUAGUGUGUUCUUCAAGUUAUACCAAAAAUGCCAACGAUACACUUGAAUUCGAUGCAGACGAAAUUAUAAAUGGGCCAGAGACUCCAGUUUUCACAAUAAUGAGUCCCGAGGGAGUACCGUACGACUGGGAUGCGCUGGAACAGCAGUGGCGGUGGAUUAUAGAAACUAAGCUCGGUGCCAAUCUGGAAGAAACUCCAUUGGUGGUAACGGUGGCUCCAGAUAUGACACCUGAAAACAGAAAUCAAUACUUGGAGCUGGCCUUGGGCAAACUGAAGGUUCCAGUAUUUCAGAUGGUUUCGGAACCUUUGGCCGUAUCCCUGUCGUUGGGUCGCAACACUGCGUUGGUUGUCGACAUCGGUGCAGCCAAAGCUACUGUAACGCCCAUAAUAGAGGGUACAAUACUCUCUAGUGCAGCAAUUAGGUCGCGUUUUGCAGGCGACUUCCUGGAUUUCCAAAUACACGAAACGCUCAAAAGCCAAAUUUCCGGCGACCAAGAAAAAGAAGAAGAAGGAACGACAACGAGAUGUCCCUCUUUCAGCGCAUUUCGCAAUUCACGUACCUGGAUUCAAGAAUUCAAGGCUUACAUGUUGCAAGUCUCUCCAUCCAAGCUGCAGGAAAUGGACUCCGCUACUGUUGACAUGUUGGGAUUGAACGUCACUAAAAACUUUCUUUAUCAGAAGCGCAAGACUUUGAGUUUAACACAGAAAGAAUGCUGUUCUCUGACCGAAGGCAUUUUCCAGCCUUCAACAGUUUCAAGUCAGUUUUCUAACGAAGAAGGCUUGUCGAUUAUAGUCUCGAAAGUGGUCAAAAAAGCAGGUGCUGCCACCUCUCAAAGCGCUUCUGCUGCGAAUGUGACUUCCGCAGAGCAAAUCCACACCGCGCUACUCACAAAUAUAAUCAUCACUGGUUCCUCGUCGCUCAUUGCUGGCCUUGAGCAGCGUAUCGUCAAUGACCUGAGCUAUCAGUUUCCGCAGUACAAGCUGUCCUCGUUUGCCAAUCCUUUGGUGAUUGACCGCAAGCUUCAAAGUUGGCAUGGCGGCGUCACAAUGGCCAACUUGCCCUCUUGGGACUUAGGCGAGUGGGUGUCUCGCAAAGAUUUGGAGACCACAAAGGCAGAAGAACACUACUGA